AUGGCUUCGAAAGGUUGCAAAGCAUGUACCACUUGCGUCAGAACUGUCCGACGACAAUCGCUUCAGCUUCAGAUAUCAAGACUUGGAGCUGUACGUCAAAGAACAUUCACAACGACCUCGAACCCAUAUGCCGAAUCCCGUAAAUCGAAUAUUACACCAUCGCCAUCAGCGCUGUCUUUAUUAUCAAGAUCUCCAACUUCAACAAUUGGCACUGAUUCAGAUUCAAAAAAGAAGUCUGCUACACUAGUGACCAUGAAAGCUGCUGCUGGACUGCAAAAAGUGACAGGCAAGGCGACUGAGACGUAUACAGCCUACGGGGCCACUGAAGUUCUUUACAAAGAGUGUGCGCGACAGGCAAACUAUUUGAUAAGUCAAGAUGCAAACUCGGAGGAGGAGAUACCAAAAACCGAGGACGGAGAGGAUCUAGGCGUUGGUGAUGGAGCAGGUUUGAAGCCCACGUUCAGUACCUGGUCGCAGGUGACUAUGCUACAUAUGUACCUUCUCUCUGUGAGGAUUCGAUGCUUUCCCCUACCGUCACAUAAUACAUGGCAGCAGCACCUCCUUGAUCACUUUUUCCACGACGCGGAGAAUCGUAUGACGAUUUACCAUAACAUGCAUGCCUCUGGGACAAGAAGCAAAUAUCUCAAAGACCUAUUCAUUCAAUGGAGAGGUUUACUAGCAGCAUACGACGAGGGUUUGGUCAAGGGGGAUGCUGUAUUAGCAGCAGCUGUUUGGAGGAAUAUCUUUAAGGCAAAUGAAGAGGUCGAUAUUAGGGUCUUGGGACAGAUUGUCAGCUAUAUGCGAAGGGUGUUAAAAGGACUAGAUUCCUUGCCCGACGAGAAAAUUAGCCAGGCAACACUGGAAUUUGGUAGUCCUGAGGUCGAAAGUGCUAUCGUUCAUCAGCGAAGCAGAUCCAUGGACUUGCCUUUCGAAAAUGCCUCCGGGACAAACUUUCCCGGUGGAAAGCGAUCAUGA